GCACGUACUAUCUCCACGACUUGGCUAAUGUCUUCGCUUGUGUUUUGCAUACUCACACUGGCUCAAUUGGUAUGGUUGACCUCCGUCCCGUCUCCAUGACUAGUUCAGUCCUCGUCUUUGCUAUGUUUUCUUUGUAUUGUGGUCGACUAAAGUAUCUAUUUACACGAAAUGACUGCGGUCUAGACUUUACUUUAACCUCAUUUAAUCGUCCCAUUUUCGGCCUAUUCUCUGACUGCUCAGACUGGACCCAGACUUCGUACAACAGCACCAUUCCAGACUCCGAUAUGAAUGUGGUGCUUCCUCUGGUGCUGCAACAUCUUUGCCCAUCUUGGGUGGCUUUCGUCGGUCUGGGCGCCGUUUCGGCCGCCGUGAUGUCGUCCGCCGACUCAUCCGUCCUCUCGGCAGCCUCGAUGUUCGCCAGGAACGUGAUCAAGCCCAUCUUCUGGCCGUCCGCCAGUGAGACGCAGAUCAUCUGGGUGAUGCGCGCCAGCAUCUUCAUAAUGGGCGGCUUGGCCUGCCUGAUGGGCAUCCAAAUCCCCUCGAUCUACGGUUUGUGGUACCUCUGCUCUGACCUCGUCUACGUCAUCCUCUUUCCGCAGCUUGUGGCCGUCCUCUUUUUCCCCUUCUCCAACACCUACGGCUCGCUGGUCGGCUACCUGGCCGGUCUCAUCUUCCGACUCACCGCCGGCGAGAGUCUGCUCGGCCUGCCUCCGUUGAUCCGCUAUCCCUACUACUCCGACGAGGGUCAGUACCAACGCUUCCCGACUAAAACAUUUGCAAUGCUCGUCAGCCUGUUGGCCGGAAGCCUCGUCUCUCUCCUCACCGAUCGGGUGUUCGCUCGCCCUAGCAACGUCCGCCUCCGGACCCGCUUCGACGUCUUCCACUGCUACACGCCCGAGGGCAUCGGGAAGGUGGCCUCGGUCAACCGGUUCUGUCUCGUCGUGCCCAACGGCAUUGAAGGCGAGGCGGGCAGCAGUCUGUUGAACCUGGCUGGUGAAGCAAAACACGCUCAUCUGCAAACCUCGCCAUCGCCGUCGCCGUCGCCGUUACCGUCGCCUUUGCCCUCGCCCUGUCUCACACUCAGAGCCAACUCUAAGUCGACCGCCACGACGGCCGGCCGGCCGCCUCAACAUCUCGCCGAAGCCAACUUCAACGCCAACGUCAACGUCGACUCUUCCGCCGACGUAGACGCUGGGGCGGCCAAAUGA